AUGUCGCUCGACGACGCCGCUGACUCUCAGCGCGUAUUGAGUAUUCAGUCUCACGUUGUCUUUGGCUAUGUUGGCGGGAAAGCAGCCGUCUUUCCACUCCAAUGUCUAGGCUACGAUGUCGAUGUCGUCAACACCGUUAACUUUUCUAACCACUCCGGGUACGGUCGUUCUGGUGGCACAAAAACAACAGCAACAGAGCUAAACAGCAUAUUCGAAGGAAUGGAAACAAACGAGCUCCUCAUGCCCACCAGGCUCUUGACGGGCUAUAUACCAGGAGCGGAGGCCCUCACAGCCGUCGCACAGCUCGCGCAAAAGUUGAAGGCGACGAAGGAGGGAUUGAUAUAUCUUUUGGAUCCUGUAAUGGGCGACGCAGGCCAACUGUACGUUGCUGCGGACGUUAUCCCAGUAUACAAGGACCUAUUACCACUGGCUACGGUCAUAACACCCAACUGGUUCGAAGUCGAGUACGCUCUCUUGUUAACAGACACAAAACUGAAAGACUUCCCAUCACUACACACCGCCCUCCGCAUCCUACACGAAAAAUACCACGUCCCACACGUCGUCAUCUCCUCUAUUCCUCUCAAACCAUGGCUACUCGCCGCCCUUCCAGAACAUAUAAAACCAGACGCGAAUUCUGUAGAUUCAAAUGAACACCUCCUCUAUCGCCUACGUCCAUCGAUCGUACACGCCCAAUGCGUCCCCUUGAUCCCAGGAUACUUUUCCGGCGUCGGAGACCUGUUCUCCGCUCUCCUCUUGGCGCGCUUCCAUCCUACAAAACCUAUCGUUAACGGGUCUUCUAACCCUGGCACCGACAUUCCCAACACUAUCCAUCAAAACACCACCACAACCGACGGCAUCCUCACCCCCCUCACAACCCCCUCCACCCCCUCUUCCUCCUCCUUCUUCUCAAGCACACCCCUCUCAAUAGCAGCCUCCCUCGCCCUCCACAAAACGCACUCCAUCCUCCUCUUAACCCACUCAUCAGCCCAAUCCCUCCCAUACGAAGAAAGACAACCGACAGAUGACGAGUUGGACGCGUUGGAGCCGUUGAGGAAGACGAGGAGGAUGAGGGGGCGGGAGUUGGCGCUUGUUAGAGGGCAGGGCAUUAUACGUGGAGAUGUAAAGGGGCAGGGGAGGCAAUUGGUUUUUUGGGAUGGGUUUUGGGAUUUGUAG